GAAAUUUUCAAACGUCAAAACAAAACACAAAUUUUUACUUGUGUGGUGUUAUUCUGGUGUCAAUUUUUAAAUGUUAUCCUUAGUCCUUGAAUAUUUAGAUAAAACUUAUCUAUCAAUACAAAAGUUAUAGUACUGCACGUGAAAUGUCUGUAAUAAAUUACGUAAACCCUUUUAGAAUAUACAAAGAUUUAGUCAGGAAACCGAUAGAAACAUUUCUUUUCAAUCAAUAUUUAGGGUAUAGAAAAAAAACCGGUGAAGGUAUAAACAGUGCUAAGGAGAUAAUAUACAAAGUUGCGAUUAUUCUAGUAUUUUUGACUGCUAUAUUGUGGCUAUCUAUAUUUAAUUAUAUCGUUUUUUAUCAUAUGUACAUGCCUAAUAUAACACAUCAGCGUACUGUACAUUUUCAAUUUAAGCCAUGUGAAGAAACCAUGGGGAUAUGUUCUUUUCCAUAUGCCUACGUGCAAUUGACAAGAAAGAGCUCCAUACUGAUGUCAGGCCAGUUGUACCGCAUAAGGCUAAUUUUGGAAAUGCCAGAGUCAAAUGUCAACAAGGAUCUCGGAAUGUUCAUGGUGUGCACACAGAUGAGAGCAAAGGGUGGAGUUUUAGUGUCUUCAUCAUGUCGCUCAACUAUGUUAAGAUACAGGUCGAAACUCCACGAAUACAUCCGCACAGCGGUCAUGGCGCCUCUCCUCAUGUCGGACGUGGUGGAAGAGAAGCAGACCAUCCAAGUCGAUUUGUUCACGGAAUUCGAUGAUGAUCCCAAUCAACCCGUUACGGACGCGUACGUCGAACUCCAGUCGCGCUACGUGCAAGUGUACGGAGGUCAGCUACACAUCGAGGCUCACUUCACCGGCCUCCGUUACCUGAUGUACAACUGGCCUAAGUUCUCGGCUCUCUUCGGCAUCAGCACUAAUCUGUUCUUCAUAACGCUCGUGUUCGCGCUGAGCUGGUAUCACCUACAGGAAGGGUUGCCAGAGUUUAUCAAGAGUAAACUGGGUACGACGCCGGACAAAGAUGAAGACAAUAAGAAAUUAAUCGGAAAGAUAAAAUUAGAAAAAGAAGAGUCGCCUUCCAUGUUUGAAGGCGACGUGCUUCUAGAAGAGUUUAUGCAGCUCGAAGAGAAAGAGAAGAAGACAUCGUAGCCGGAACGUGUUCAUGCAAUGGAGAACCAAUCUGCGGUGUUAUUUUAUAAGUAACUAGCGACCCGCCCUCGCUUCGCUUCGGAAACUGUAAUUUAUUAUUGAUUUCUCCACUAUUUAAUGGAUGUUAUUAUACAUAUAAACCUUCCUCUUCAAGCACUCUAUCUAUUAAAAAAAACCGCAUCAAAAUCCGUUGCGUAGUUUUAGAGAUUUAAGCAUACAUAGGGACAGAGAAAGCGACUUUGUUUUAUACUAUGUAGUGAUGUAGCAAAAAUUGUUUGAAAAUAUCAGCUGCCUAUAGCUGAAUCUUGAUUUUGUCCAGCCUCAGCUCCGGUUGGAAUCACAUGAAACAUUCCUAACGCAAUGUCUGCUAGCAGUUAAUCAAUCAAAUGAAGAAAUUGAAAUUGAUCCAUAAAAAAAUUGUCUUAUGAUUUCUCGCUCUGUUAGUAAUAAUGAUGUGGUUGGUUAUAAAUAUAUAUAGAAUAAAGUAAGAUAUCAAUUAAUUGACUUCGGGUUUUAACUGGCUCUCUUUUGCAUAACCGUGCCUUAUGUUUACAAUGUAUGUAAUAAAUAUAAUGUAAAAUUGUGUUCUGUUUCAAAAUGUGCCUUUUAUUUAAUAAAUGUUUUUUUUUAUUUCUCAACAACAAAAGACAAAACUGUUCUUUGAAUUAUUAAUUGUUUUUAUUUUAUAUCUUUUUUUUUCAAUUGUUAACUGCUUUAAUUACGAAUUAUUUUUUUGUAGCUGGCACGUUUUUUUUAUUUUAUUACUAUCUAUAGAUAUAUCGGAAAUAUAUAUUAUGUAUAAUAUUUUUAUUAUUAUUAAAUAGAUUAUUAAUAUUUUGAUUAUUUACAAUCCAUGACCAAAUUUUUAUAUGAAUAUCGUUUCUAUGCUCUAAAAUUAUUAUUAUUUUCAUAAUUAUUUUGAAGGCUGUGUUUUGUAAUCGUUCCAAAGAUUGUAAUUGAAAUGAUUUUUUUUAAAUAAAUGAUUAUUGUUUUUAAUUAAUAA